AUGCCCAUAUACAUCGUGAGAGCUCCUGCUGCUCAGGUUUUUCCCAGUGGCAUUGGCUUGGAAUGUUCCGUUAUCGGCGUCGGAUGUUGCCGGUGGUUUGAUGCGGUGUGUGUCUCUGUCGCAGGUGAACACACGUAUAAGUGUCUGUCGUGUGCGUUCUCCACCACCACCAUCAGCCAGCUGAAGGAGCACUCGCUGCAGGAGCACGGAGAGACACUCACGCUUCCCAAACUCAAAGCCGGAGCCGGCCGGAGCUCCACACGACCCAGCGCAGAACACAGCGACGAAAACACUCCCCUCGACCCAGACUGCACUGAGUCGCUGGCGUAUCUGGAGCCAGCCGAUGUUCAGCAGCAGCUCAGUCACUUCCAGCAGGCGUCUCGAGUCCAGGCCGAUGGUUCCCCCCCUCCUCCUCCUCCUCUUCCUCCUCUUCCUCCUCUUCCCGACGCUCCCGCUGCUCCGGCCCGGCCCGACUCCAUCCUCACCUGCGAGUUCUGCGAGUUCAGCUCCGGGUACAUGCAGAGUCUGCGCAGACACUACCGGGACCGGCACGGGGGGAAGAAGCUCUUCAAGUGCAAGGACUGCUGCUUCUUCACCUGCUACAAGUCUACGUUCACGCUGCAUGUGGAAGGCGGUCACAGCAGUGGAUCGGAGGAGCUUCUCAAAGACCUUCGCUGCCCCUUCUGUCUUUACCACAGCAAACACAAGACCAGCAUGAUCGACCACAUCGUCCUGCACAGAGAGGAGCGCGUGGCGCCGCUGGAGGUCUCGCGCUCGAAGCUGUCCCGUCACCUGGAGGGCCUGGUCUUCCGCUGUCAUAAAUGCACCUUCACCUGUUCCAGCGAGCAGAACCUGCAGAUGCACAUCCAGAAGCACGAGGAGCUGAAGCCGUACCAGUGCCAGCUCUGCUACUACGACAGCAAGCUCCUGCACGAGCUGGAGAUUCACCUGCGAGAGGAACACAAGGUGAUCCGUAACUAUGAGCUGGUGGGGCGGGUGAACCUGGACCAGCUGGAGCUGAUGAAGGACAAGAUGAAGGACGCGAACAGCAGCGAGGAAGAGGAGAGAGAAGAAGAGGAGGCAGAUGAAGAGGAAGAGGAGGAGAUGAUGGAUGAGGAAGAGGAGGAGAAGCUUCCGGACGGGACGGAGGACACAGGAGCUCCGGAGUCUCCCGUGAAGCGCUAUCCGUGUGAGUUCUGCGGGCGCACGUUCACGCUGAGCAUCGAGUGGGAGCGACACGUCCUUCGACACGGCAUGACUGUUAACGACAGCAAGAAAGACGCCAGUCCUGUUCCCUCAUCAGCUCAGCCUCUGAUUGGUCCAGCCGCUGUGAUUGACAGGGGGAUCGACCAACCCACUAACACAGUGGACGCCGCAGGGGCGGAUCAAUCUGACCAAUCCGAGAGUCCGAUUCAGAACCAGGAAGAGGAAGGACACUGACCUGUGUGAGUCCUGUGGUGGGCUUUGAGAUGCGAGCUCUUGGUGUAUGUUUUCCCGCAGCCUGCGUAAUCACAGGUGUGUGUCGCGAUCCGCUUCCUCGGCCAGGAGCGGCGACCCCGCUUGGGCUUGGACUCUUCCGGCAAACCCUCAGCUGGAGAAAUCAGCUCUGCCAAAGAGUAAAA